GCUGGUGGUAUACACCCAAGAAUUCCUGUUGAUGAGGUUUCUGCCGGCCCAAGUGCUCCUUCAAGCAGGCCGGUUGUGUCCGUCGAAGAUGAGGUGAGCCCACAAGCAGAAGAACAGGUGAUUGAGGAGGAGCUGGUGUCAGAACGCAGAGAACAAGCGCAGAUAAAUGACCCAGAUGUUUUUGAAGACCUUCCUGAAUUAGAAUGUAUCACAUCUGAAGACAUGUCAGGAAGCGUUAUAAAUGAUCCAUCAGAAAUAUCUUUUAGUCUUCCUCCUGCAUGCUCCAUAGCAGAAAAAAUUAAUUUUGUUGAAAAACACCCUUUUCAGCCAACCAGGACUGAAUGCGCAGAUCUUCCUUUUCAAGAAGCAGACUUUUAUUACCGCAAAAAGUCUAAUGGGGAUCGUAUUAAGCGUACAUGGCUGAGUUGCAAGAUAAAGGAUCGAAA